AGGUGGUUCCGCCCUGCCCUGACAUGGGAACACCACAGAAGGAUGUUACUAUCAAAUCGGAUGCACCAAAAACGGUUCUUGUUGAAAAGCACGCACAGUACAUUGAGUCUUAUGGAGCUAAAAAGGAUGAUUAUGAAUACUGUAUGUCAGAGUAUUUACGGAUGAGUGGCAUCUACUGGGGCCUGACUGUUAUGGACCUCAUGGGAGAGCUGCAGCGCAUGAACAAAGAAGAGAUACUAGCAUUUAUAAAAUCAUGCCAACAUGAUUGUGGUGGAUUUAGUGCUAGUAUUGGUCAUGAUCCCCAUCUUUUGUAUACCUUAAGUGCUGUGCAGAUCCUCACAUUGUAUGAUAGCCUUUCUGCAGUUGACAGCAAUAAAAUAGUUGAUUAUGUGCAAAGCCUUCAAAAAGAAGAUGGAUCGUUUGCUGGAGACAAAUGGGGAGAAAUUGAUACACGAUUCUCUUUCUGUGCUGUUGCAACACUUGCCCUUUUGGGCAGGCUGGAUGCUGUUAACAUAGAAAAAGCCAUAGAAUUUGUUUUAUCUUGUAUGAACUUUGAUGGCGGUUUUGGUUGCAGGCCAGGUUCGGAAUCCCAUGCAGGGCAGAUCUAUUGUUGCACGGGCUUCUUGGCCAUAACAGACCAGUUGCACCAAGUAAAUGCAGACUUGCUAGGCUGGUGGCUUUGUGAGCGACAACUGCCAUCUGGUGGGCUCAACGGGCGACCUGAAAAGCUACCAGAUGUAUGCUAUUCCUGGUGGGUGUUGGCUUCCUUAAAAAUUAUUGGAAGACUCCAUUGGAUUGAUAGAGAGAAGCUGCGCUUAUUUGUGUUGGCUUGCCAAGAUGAAGAGACCGGAGGUUUUGCUGAUAGGCCAGGAGACAUGGUGGAUCCAUUCCAUACACUGUUUGGUAUUGCUGGGUUAUCUCUGCUGGGAGAAGAAAGAAUCAAGCCUGUUAAUCCAGUGUUUUGUAUGCCUGAAGAGAUCCUUCAGAGAAUAAAUAUUCAGCCGGAACUUGUGAGCUAGGGAAUUGGAGUUGGCCUGGAGACACUGGACUGUCCAUUAGAGCUGCCUACAUUCAUUUUGUUCCCUUUAUUUAGGGCCACAUCCUAGAAUGUGACAGUGUGCACACAUUUUGUCUCAGGUAAGGCUCUCAGAAGUGAUACAGAGAUGCGCGAUUUACUUAAAUGAUGGGAAAUGUUCGUAGUUGUAACCACCACAGCUUGUGACCCUUGUGUGUGGCUUAGAAAUGUGCAUAUCUUGAGAACAGCAACAGAGACAAAAACAAAAUCAGAUGACAUUGCCUUUAAGAGUAAUGUCACCUAAAACUGUUUGAUCACUGCUACAUGUACUAGUGAUGAAAGGCCUUAUACUUACCACUGCUUGCUUUCAUUUCAUCUCCAGGGGAUAUUCUUAACCUGUCAUUAACAUCAGGAAGUAGUGGCCCUGUGUGAUAUUACCCCAAAUUGCAAAGAUUUUAGAGAUAUUAACUAUCUGUACUUGUAUAGCUUAUUUAUUUAAAACAAUAUGUUUUCAAAAUAAAGUCAUGUAA